AAUUUUUAUGAAUGCGAAAGCAAAAUGACAAGUCAAGGCCCUUGCUCUUGGGCCCUAGGCGGUCCUUGGGCCUGUGUGGUUCAGUGCUAGAGAUUGUAGAGAGGCAUCAUAUCAUAGCAAAGCGAGAGAAAGAUCGGGAGAGCAAAGCAAGAAAGAUCGGGAGAAUGGGAAAGAAAAACAAAACGAGGGACAAGAAGAAGAAGAAGGAGGUUGCUUGGGAUAGGCCCAUCUACCUGUACCUACAAGUCAAGGCAGACGACAACGCGACGUCGUGUUUAUGGUUCGUCAUUGAAGAUGGACGGCGGCCGAGGCAAAUCAGUGGUUCUGAAGAUGAUGAUGAUAAUAAGGUAAUCUUCCGUCCCCUAGAUCUUCCCGAAUUUGAUGAUGAUUACGCGCGCCUUCCUCACAGCGUUGUGGUCCUGGACUCCCGAUUAUUCAUGAUUAGUGGAUAUCAAUGUAGAAAGCGAGAUUCCUCUGGUGUGAAAUCCUAUAUUGGGUAUGAUUACUUGGACCUGAAACCCUCCUACGAAGGCAAGGAAUGGCGUUCUGAACAAGGGGUCUCAUUCCCUUCGCAAGAAUCGUUGGCCUGCUGCAAAGACGGUCUUAUCUAUACCUUGGGACAGCAAUGUUGUCACCGUCUCGAUCCUCGCUCUGGUGUCCGUUCGGAGUUUCCCGCCACAUGCGGGUUUCGAACACAGCUUGGAAUAUCGAACAAGUAUAUUUACACCUAUUCCCUCGGUAUUUAUAAUCUCCUGUUUCGUUAUGAUUUGGAGAAAAACGAGUGGGACUGCAUCUCUAGCCGUUUCUGGGGUCUCUGGGGCGCUGGUGUGGUGAUUUCUGACGACUCCUACUUAUUAUGCUUUGGCACUAUGAAACCCACCGACAAAUUCUCCGAGCAGCUUGGUGUUUACGUUUUUGAUAUUCGCCAGCGUCAGUGGCUAGAUGAACCGGUCGAGGGCCUUGAUGAUGCUCUUCCCGUUAUCCCAGACACGUACGAGCCCUGGGAAAGGCACCUUUACCUCAACGAUUUACCGCGCUUGUUCCAAAUCGGAACCAAAAGAUUUGCUUUCGUUUGGGAGGAACGUUUUGUUCAGGGUCAGGGUCUGCUUCAUUGCCACAAGUUCACUAUCGACCACAUCCCCUGCAGCAGCUCCUCUCAUCGAACCAACAACCAACCCACCUCCUUUGUUGCGCGAAUAGUCUCAAGUGGAUUCCUUACUCUGCAACGCGCCGGAUUACUUGGUUGCGCUGUAGGAAUUGAAUCUUAUUCAGGAGGCAAAGGAACAGUGGAUCAUCUGCACCGGUGAAGCUAGUUGACCGAAAGAGUUUACAAAGCUAGUUUUUUUCUCCCCCAUCGUCUAUGGUCUUGUUGUCUUCGGAUUUAUUUUCUACUUCUCUUGGUUGUUUUGCUGCAUCAUUUGAAGCAUGUUGUUUCUACUUUUGUGCUUCUAGUGAGUGGCUUGAUUUGACAUUUCUGAAUAUUGUACUCCAAGUUUAGUUUAGGAGAAAAUUUCACGCAUUUGGCUUUUCAAAAGAGAUCAAUUGGUUUGCACAGAGAGAUCAAUUGGUUCUGGAAAACAUAUUAAAAACUAGAGUUCACAAAUUGUCAUUCAUUCAGCUCCUUCUGUUUUCUUCCCAUGACAAAUCAAGAUGAUCACAAUUUGCACUUUCCGCACCAAGCUUUCUUCUUCUUCUUCUUCUGCCACCCCCCCCCCCCCCCCCCCCCCCUCUCUCUCUCUCUCUCUCUCUCGGUGCUCGGUGGUGUAGUUUAGUUAGAGCUGUCCUGCUUUUAUACAACGCAAUUUAUAAAUUAUUUCUUAUGACUGAACGUUUGUAAUGGAUUGUGCUUGAUAACGAGAAGCAGGUAGUGACAGUGGACAGAGAGAUAGAUGUUGGUCAAGAGACUCUGUCUAGAUUUACGAGCAGUUAUUACUUAAAGUAUCUCAUCUCAUGAUUCUGUGUUUGGACACUGGGGCUCAUUAAGUGCAUCGUUUCACUUUCAGUUGAAUAGCAAUUAUCUGAUUUGGGCCUUGUAAAGCACAGCUUAUAUACUUACUUUUCCUUUUCAGUUUCAUUCAUUUGAUAUGUUUUUCUUCACCUGCAUAUAAAGUCCAAACUUUGAUAUGGUUAGGAGCUUAGAGUCAGGCGCUCAUCCUAGUGUUUCUCACUCUGUUCUUUUCUAGUGUUGUAUGUACCUUUUCUUGUUAUCCUUGGACUGAACUUAUAUUCUGCCUCUCUUCGCUAGCGGAGACCCUUGCAUUGGUAUCGUAAGCCAAAUUGGUUGUUAUGCAAAGAAUUUUUAGAAAAUAGGCUUCAUGUUGUGCUGUUAUCUUUAGUCUCAGUUACUUUUUCCGAUUGCUGAAUGCAUAUGUCAAGUUACUGGAUUCUGUACUGGAUCUUUUUGGGCUUAAAGUUCUUUUCAUACCUCUUGUUUAAAACAAUUGAAGUCAAACAAUAAUAUAUUUCUCUUUGUCAAAGCGCCGUUGACAUUGCUCAGAGGUUCAAUAUCCCUUUGAAUAAGCUAGCUUGCUAGAGAAUAGUACAUAUUACAUACAAUUGGAAGCUUAAUGUGUAUAAGCAUGGGGAUACAUUUAGUACCAGGCCUUUAUCUUCUUAGUGUUUCGUUAAUUUUUCAUUUGAGUGAUGCUGUGUCACGAUUUCUAAGCAUAUGCUAAACUCAUUUUGUUAUCGACGGUGACAGAUCCAUAGCGGCGCUUGCCAAAGGGUUAUCAGUUCAGAAGUGCGAAGUCUACAAUAAUGCAUAAACAUGCUUGUUGUCUGUUGAGGUUUUUUUUUCGUUUUGAUGGACUUUGGAUCCAAACAAAACUAUUUUGUUAAGAGACUUGUAUUAAGUAUGUUCUAUUUGCUAAUGCUUCUUCAAGUACCCUAAAUAUUGUUAUUAAAUAACCUGGAAGUUGUGUCUAGCAACUUCUGCUGCUCUCAUUUGAAUGAACCCGCCAGCAAUAUCAGCUUUUCUGGCCUUCUGCU